UGCAAAGCUGAGACACUCAGACAUUGGAAGAACUCCAAUAAGAGACCAUUAAGAGCCAUUUUCAUCCUGAGAAUUUACAGCAAUCAUUAACAUGGAGAAAAGUUCCUCAGGAAACACAAAGAAAAGGAGCUUAGGAAACAAUUAUAAAAAGCAAUUUUCACAUUUCUCGAGAGGGAGCUUCUCAAACAGGCCAUAUCAUCAAUUGCACCCUGGAAUGAACCCAGGGGGAAGUUACCGCCACCCCUCGGAGAAUGGCCUCAUCCUUUGCCAGUACUCAAACGGCGAGCUGGCUGCAGAAAAUGCAGCCCUAAGAGAGCAGCUGGUGCUGCAGCACCACCGACAUGAUCAUGAAAGGCAGCGGCUCCUGAGAGCCCUGAAGAAGCCUAACGAGUCCAACUCGGAAAACCUCAUUGCCGUCGUAAAUGAACAAUGGCAACAGUGGUGGGCGAUCCGAGAGCAAGAAACCGCUACCCAAUUUCAAACUCAGUUGGUGGGCAUGCAAUUGUACAUGGAUGAAAUGGCCGCUCAUUUUUGCACUGAGUUGGAAAGUAUGCACGAGCACAACGUGGAUACCGUUUGCUAUUUUCAAAGCGAGAUGCAGUACAUGCAUUGGCAUAUGGAGCAGGCCAUAUCGGAAAAGGAUGACAUCAUUAAAAACCUGAAAAAAGAAAAUUCCUCCCUCAUGGCACAGAAUAAAGAGAUGUCCUCCCAUCUUCGCAAAUUCAAAGCGGAGAACCCGGAGACACGAGAUACUCUCAAAGCUCUGGAGGAUCGGUUGCAAGCUGAGCAGGAGGUGAAGAUGAGCCCCACCAUUGAGGAGCUCCUUGAAGAAGUGGAAAAGCUGGAUCUUUAAGACCCUCACAGUGCAGAAAGAAAUUGAAAUACACCAGUUUGGCUAAUGAUGUGACAGAAUUCCACUGGUAAAAAGUUAGAGUGGGACUGGCUGACCCCCCGAAAAAUUGAAACUUGAAUGUGUGAGAGUGCUGAUUUUCUUUUAUAGCAAGAUGUUCGACAACCACUAAAGUCUAUUUUCCAGCUGUCACAACUGUGUUUGUAUUGUGUCAAAAUAAAUGCACUCAUGUCAAGUU